AUGGGUAAGGACGAGAAGUCUCACAUCAACAUUGUCGUUAUCACUGGUCACCUGAUCUACCAGUGCGGUGGUAUCGACAAGCGUACCAUCGAGAAGUUCGAGAAGGAAGCCGCCGAGCUCGGUAAGGGCUCUUUCAAGUAUGCCUGGGUUCUUGACAAGCUCAAGGCCGAGCGUGAGCGUGGUAUCACCAUCGAUAUCGCCCUCUGGAAGUUCGAGACCCCCAAGUACCAGGUCACCGUCAUCGAUGCCCCCGGUCACCGUGACUUCAUCAAGAACAUGAUUACUGGUACUUCCCAGGCCGACUGCGCCGUUCUCAUCAUUGCCGCCGGUACUGGUGAGUUCGAGGCCGGUAUCUCCAAGGAUGGUCAGACCCGUGAGCACGCUCUGCUCUCGUACACCCUCGGUGUCCGUCAGCUCAUCGUCGCCAUCAACAAGAUGGACACUGCUCAGUGGUCCGAGGCCCGUUUCAACGAGAUUGUCAAGGAGACCUCCACCUUCAUCAAGAAGGUCGGCUACAACCCCAAGCAGGUUGCCUUCGUCCCCAUCUCGGGUUUCAACGGCGACAACAUGCUUACUGGCCCCUCCCCCAACAGCCCUUGGUUCAAGGGUUGGGAGCGUGAGGUCGGCAAGGGUGGCAAGGCCACUGGCAAGUCUCUCCUCGAUGCCAUUGACGCCAUUGAGCCCCCCAAGCGUCCCAACGACAAGCCCCUCCGUCUUCCCCUCCAGGAUGUCUACAAGAUCGGUGGUAUUGGCACAGUGCCCGUCGGCCGUAUCGAGACCGGUACCCUCAAGCCCGGCAUGGUCGUCACCUUUGCUCCCGCCAACGUCACCACUGAGGUCAAGUCCGUCGAGAUGCACCACGAGCAGCUCCAGGAGGGUUUCCCCGGUGACAACGUUGGUUUCAACGUGAAGAACGUUUCCGUCAAGGAUAUCCGCCGUGGUAACGUCGCUUCCGACUCCAAGAACGACCCCGCCACGGGCGCCGCUUCUUUCAACGCCCAGGUCAUUGUCAUCAACCACCCUGGCCAGGUCGCCGCCGGUUACGCACCCGUCCUGGACUGCCACACCGCCCACAUUGCCUGCAAGUUCGCCGAGCUCAUCGAGAAGAUUGACCGCCGUACUGGUAAGGCUGUUGAGUCCAACCCCAAGUUCAUCAAGUCUGGUGACUCCGCCAUCGUCAAGAUGGUUCCCUCCAAGCCCAUGUGCGUUGAGGCUUUCACCGACUACCCUCCUCUGGGCCGCUUCGCCGUCCGUGACAUGCGCCAGACCGUCGCCGUCGGUGUCAUCAAGUCCGUUGAGAAGGCCGCCGCCGGUGCCGCCAAGGUCACCAAGUCCGCCGCCAAGGCUGGCAAGAAAUAA